CACUCGGCGCCGGCGCCUCAGCAGCAUCCGCCGCCCGCACCGCGCGUGCCGCCGAGCGUUCCGCACCGACCCCGCCGCCGUCGCGCCUGCACGCAGCCAUGGAGCCCCAAGCCCCCCGCCGCCGCCGCCACACCCACCAGCGCGGCUACCUGCUCACGAGGAACCCCCACCUCAACAAGGAUCUGGCUUUUACCCUGGAAGAAAGGCAGCAGUUGAAUAUUCAUGGAUUGUUGCCACCGAGCUUCAUCAGUCAGGAGCUGCAGGUCCUUAGAGUAGUUAAGAAUUUUGAACGUCUAAACUCUGACUUUGACAGGUACCUUCUGUUGAUGGAUCUUCAAGAUAGAAAUGAAAAGCUCUUUUAUAGAGUACUCAUGUCUGACAUUGAGAAGUUUAUGCCUAUUGUUUAUACUCCUACUGUGGGUCUGGCUUGCCAACAGUACAGUUUAGCGUUUCGGAAGCCAAGAGGUCUCUUUAUCAGUAUCCAUGAUCGAGGACACAUUGCUUCAAUUCUCAAUGCAUGGCCAGAAGAUGUCAUCAAGGCUAUUGUGGUGACGGAUGGCGAACGUAUUCUUGGCUUGGGAGACUUGGGUUGCAAUGGUAUGGGCAUCCCAGUGGGUAAACUGGCUUUGUACACUGCUUGUGGAGGAGUGAAUCCUCAAGAAUGCCUGCCUGUCAUGCUGGAUGUGGGCACAGAAAAUGAGGAAUUACUUAAAGAUCCAUUGUAUAUUGGACUGCGGCAGAGACGAGUGAGAGGGCCUGCAUAUGAUGACUUUCUGGAUGAGUUCAUGGAGGCGGUUUCUUCUAAAUAUGGCAUGAAUUGUCUUAUUCAAUUUGAAGAUUUUGCCAAUAUGAAUGCAUUUCGUCUCCUGAACAAGUAUCGAAACCAGUAUUGCACAUUCAAUGAUGACAUUCAAGGAACAGCAUCUGUUGCAGUUGCGGGUCUCCUUGCAGCUCUUCGAAUAACCAAGAACAAACUGUCUGAUCAAACAAUACUAUUCCAAGGAGCUGGAGAGGCUGCUUUAGGUAUUGCACAUCUGAUUGUGAUGGCCAUGGAGAAAGAAGGUUUACCAAAGGAGAAGGCCAUCAAAAAGAUAUGGCUGGUUGACUCCAAAGGACUAAUAGUUAAGGGACGUGCUUCCUUAACACAAGAAAAAGAGCAGUUUGCCCAUGAACAUGAAGAAAUGAAGAACUUAGAAGCCAUUGUUCAGGAGAUAAAACCAACUGCACUCAUAGGAGUUGCUGCAAUCGGUGGUGCUUUCACAGAACGAAUUCUCCAAGAUAUGGCUUCCUUCAAUGAGCGGCCUAUUAUUUUUGCUCUCAGUAAUCCAACCAGCAAAGCAGAAUGUUCUGCUGAACAGUGCUAUAAAAUAACUAAGGGGCGUGCAAUUUUUGCCAGUGGCAGUCCUUUUGAUCCAGUCACUCUUCCAGAUGGACGGACCCUAUAUCCCGGGCAAGGCAACAACUCCUACGUGUUCCCGGGAGUUGCUCUUGGUGUUGUGGCCUGUGGGUUGAGGCACAUCACAGAUAAGGUCUUUCUCACUACCGCCGAGGUUAUAUCUCAGCAAGUAUCAGACAAACACUUGGAAGAAGGCCGGCUUUAUCCUCCUUUGAGUACUAUUAGAGAUGUUUCUCUGAAAAUAGCAGAAAAGAUUGUAAAAGAUGCAUACCAGGAAAAGACAGCCACGGUUUAUCCUGAACCACAAAACAAAGAAGCGUUUGUCCGCUGCCAAAUGUAUAACACUGACUACGACCAGAUCCUGCCUGAUUGUUACCCUUGGCCUGAUGAGGUCCAGAAAAUACAGACCAAACAGUAGCAUGACGGUCAACAUUUCCAAGUCCGUAAUGAGAUCUUGAAGUGUUUCAUAAUUUUUAAAGGUUUGAAUCUUUUAUGAUGAUUCAUAAUUUAUGUUUAGAGCAAGAUAAUUUUGCUUUAACGGUCUAAAAAUGUAUGGAGGAAAAUUAAUAUAAAGUAGAAUAAAUGUUGCACUAGACAAUUUUGCUUCACUUGCUUUCUGGCUACUUAUGCUUUCUAUCUUAAUUAUUCUACUUAAAUCGUAUUUAAUAGUUACUGUACUUACUACUGAGAAAAUGAUCAUUUUUAUAUAGAAAACCAAUGGAAAGAUUAAAAUUAAUAAUAAAUUGAUAUGACUGACAUUAAAA